AUGAACUACAAGAACUUUUCUGCGAAUGCUCCUUUUCUUCUCACGACUAUCAGUCACGAAACGUAUUUGAACACAACUUCAGCGAGUGACCUGUCGCCUUGGACGGCGAUGCCAGGCUGGAGACUUGAGAAUACGUUUUUCGAUUGGAUGCAUGUAGUCCUGCUUGGAGUGGGAAGAGAUGCUGUUGCUGCCGCCAUCAAACUGAUGGUCAUGCGGGGACUGAUUGGCUGGGAUACAAAGCGAGCAGAUCUGAAGAUGUUGACACUUUGGAUCAAGAAAGAAUACAAGAGCCGGACUGGGAAAUCCUUCUCUGUGAUAUCUUUGACCCCUGCAAAUGCUGGCCUGGAUCCUUGGACCGAAUACCCGGAGCUCGGGACAAUUUUCAAGGCUGCGCAAGUCAA